AUGGUUGUCAAUAUACCUAUUAGCGAAAUAUUCCCUACUUUGUCGGCAACUUCAGAGUCUGAAUCAACAAAGAGAUUAUUGGUAGUACUCAAUGCAGUCACUGAUGUGAUCAAGGCAAAGAAUGCCCCAAUUCAACCAACAUCAUACUUUGCUCUAUUGUUAGCAUCACUCAAUGAGAACUCUUAUAAACAAGGUCAGAAGCAUGAUCUACUCAAGUUACUAUCACUCGUAAUCACAAGAAUAUCGAUAGGAGUUGUUAGAAGUCAUGGAGAUAGUAUUAUACAGAUGAUGUCAAAGAAUAUAGAGUCAGAGUUGGUGAAUGAGAAUGUGGUCAAGCCAUCGUUGGUGUUGAUUGGACAUGUGUUGACACAUGCCGAUGUGGAGAGUUGGAAUGCAUUGGAGAGACGCCAAGCUCUCAGCCUGUUGCUGAGCAGCGCAGUCGAUGAUAGAAGCAAGGUGCGUCAUAGAGCAUUGCAGCAGGUGGUCCUCGUGCUGAACAGCAUCGGCGUGUCAAACACCCGCAGCGUAGGCCUGAACAAGUCGAUCGCACAGCUCUGCUGCCAGUUCUGUCUGGAGGUGUUUGAGCACGUCAGCAGCGCCACAAUGCAGAAGGCAUUCUACACGUUGGCCAUCAGCCACGAGCUCAUCCCGCUGCUGCCACCCUCGCUCAUCUCGGAGCUGGUCGAGGCCAUCAUCCGCGUGUCACAGCUGGGCAACAGCGCCAUCACGCCCAUCUGCUACAAGACCAUCGGUUCACUCUUUAUCCGUACCAAUCAGCUGCGCGCGCCACACAUCCAGCAACUGAUCGACGUGUUGCACUCUCAGACACCAAAUGGCAUUGACCAUCGCUCCAUCGUCACCUACACCGAGCUGCUCACCCUUGCCUACCUGCACUUCCACCGUCUCGACCGCACCCUCUCCAACCAACACAUUCACAACUAUUUCAAGAACCUCAUGUCCAACUUUAGCUCGGACAACCAAGAUCUUAACAGAGUCACAAUGGAUGGAUUUAGAAACAUCAUAUUCGAAUGCAUUAACGAGGAUGUUAUUGCACAGGCAGACACUCAAGCAAUUUCGCCACUCAAGACUAUUGUGGAGACAUUCGAGUCUGGCACCAAGUUGACUUAUAGACACUCGUGGGAGUUGAUUCUCCGCGUGGUCUCUGCGCUUUAUGAGCAGCUUGGACCAAAGGCACACCCUUUGCUCAACAAUAUAUUGGUGGGAGUCGAUGCCAUGAACCAGGUACACGACGUGCGUUGCCGUCCAGCCAUCCACCAGCUGUUUGGAACGGUCAUCUCGGCGAUCGGCCCCAAGAACUUCCUGGCCGUGCUGCCACUCAACCUGGACGCGCCACCCCACGGCAAGGAACGUAUCAACAGAGGCUGGUUGCUUCAGAUCCUGCACGACCACAUCAAGUGCACCGAUCUGCAGUUCUUCAUUGACUACUUCCUGCCCAUGACCAAGACUAUCCGCAACAAGUCCAAGGAGUCCGAGUCGGACGGCAAGGUCAUCGAGGCCAAGAACCUGAUGAUCCUCUACCAGCAGAUCUGGGAGUUGCUGCCCGGAUUCAUGAACAGACCUCGCGAUCUGGUCACCUCAUUCAAGGCUAUCGCCAAGACAUUGGGCACUACCCUGCAGGACGAGCCCACGCUGAGAAGCGUUGUGUGCAUGGCGCUCACCCACAUGAUCAAUCAGCUGGUGGAGGCUCGCGACACCAAGUCCAUGAUGCUGCUGCUGCCGCUCAGGACCAGACAUCUGACCAUGAGUCAGCAGCUGGCCGAGGACUCGAUCAAGUCCGUAGCCCAGUUCGCCAAGAACUACCUCCCCAUCAUGUUCAACAUAUUCCCAGUUUCGACGCACGAGCAGAGGAGUAACAUCAUCGACACAAUCGAAGCGUACGUGUCCAUCACCGACACCAACACACUAAACUCACUGUUCAAGAACCUGGUCACCAAGCUGUUGGAGGCCCUGGCCGAGGAGGGCGUCGACAAGAAGGACGACAAGAUGAAGGAUGACACCGAGGCCAAGACCAAGCCCGAGGAGAAGAAGAAGUCCAAGAAGUACUACCUCACAGACUUGACCGUCGGAUUCGUCAAGCACUUGGACGAGGAGAACAUCAGGACACUGUACAAGGUCAUCAAGCCUCAGCUCAAGUGCUCCGACUCUGGCCUGCAGAAGCGUUCAUUCAAGGUGCUGGUCAAGAUGUGCGAGCAUCACCCACACUUUAUCGUGCAGAGCAUGGACAAGCUGCGCUCUAUCCUCGUCACAGACCUGAUGCAGUGCGCAUCCAACAUCAAGAAGACGAGACUAAAGUGUCUGCGUGAGGUCAUCGUCACCAUAUCCAAAGAGGGCGAUAAGAACAAGAAGGGCGAGCACGACGACGAAGAUGAAGAAUUGGAAGAGGACAACAAGGAAGCAAUGCCACGCAAGCUCAAGACAAGCUGGACACAGCUCAAGAAGAAGUUCAUCCCAUCAAUCCUGCCCGACAUCUUGCUCUGCACAAAGGAGUCCAACAACAGACUGCGCGAGCUUGCCAACGAGUUGCUGAUCGAGUGUGGUAACAUUGUUUGUAUGAUUGGCAGCAAGCUGGCCAUUCCCAAGCGUGGCGUGUCACUGGAGGACACCAUCCAUCAGUCACAGAAGGAGUCAAUUAGCGAGUACAUCACAUUGGUGGCUGGAGGUCUAGGUUCGCAGACACCAGGCAUGGUCAGCGCCACCGUUAUCGCGCUCACCCGUGUCAUCCAUAACUUCCGCCGUAUGGUGGACAAGGCAUUGGUGAUUCCCAUGCUGUCAAUGAUCAUGGUGUUGACCAAGUCACAGAACCGUGACAUUGUCAAGGCUGUGUUGGGACUGGUGCGUGUGGUGAUGGCCUGUUUCAAGGACGAGGACCUCAUCGAGCAACGUAAGAAGGAGCGCUCCGAGCGCAAGAAGGAGGAGGCCGAGGCCAACAUGAACAAGAUGGUCGAUCCAGUUACAGGCAAGGACGUCAGGUCAGUGCGCGGCAGCACAUACGGCGGCGAUGACGACGACGAGCAGAUUGUGGGCGACGAGUCAGACGACAGUGACGACGACAUUGAGGAGUUCCUUUUCAACGCCAAGAAGGCCAACAAGAACGCCGAUCAGAACAACUUCAUCGUGGAGGAGGGCGACGAGCCCAUUGAUUUCCUGGAUAGGAAUGCCAUGAGCAGGAUCGUCUCUACCAAGUCAGGCAAGCAGGCCGUGUCAGCCAGACAGGUGCCCCUCAACAACAAUGGCAUGGCCAUUGACAAGAAGGCAUUCGAGACCAACGACGAGGGCAAGUUGGUCAUUGUCGAUGAUGAGGAGAAGAAGACAAAGGACAGGAAACGCUCGCGUGGCGCAUCCUACCUGGACGAGGUGUUUGACAAGCAGUCACAAGAGUACGAGGCCAAGGCCGGCUACCGUGUCACCAAGGCCAAGGGCAUAAAGAAGCGCGAGCGUGAGGAGGACAGCGAUGACGACGAGGACGACGAUAUCCAGGAGGAUCUGCGAUCGGCCUUCACUCAGAGGACAUUCGCCACAGCCAAGACCGGCAAGACCACCCGAUCAAUGAAGAGCGGCAUGUCCAACAAGGACGACUCUCGCAGCGAGAAGAACCUGCAGAGAAUCGCCGCAGCCGCCGAGCGCUACAACCGUGUCAGAGGCAUCAACACCAACGUCAACCUCAACGAGAUUGGCUCGCAACAAAAGAAGGGCGACGUCAAGAAGGCCAAGGCCAAGUUCGAGCCAUAUGCCUACAUCCCAUUGGACCCAAAGGCGUUGAACAAGCGUACCAAACACAAUGCCAGUUCACAAUUCAAGACCAUCCUAAAGAAGAGGAAGAACUAG